UUAAUACUUAAGAUAAAAAUUAAUCUAUACUAUAAAAUUAAUAAAUCCAAUCAUAUACUUACAGCUAUCUAUAUUUAAAUAAUUUAUCCUAAAUUUAAUGAAUUGCAUAAUAUUUAUUUAUUAAAAAAAUUUAAUUUUACUAAAAAUAAUUUUCAUGGAAGAGCAAAAAACAAUUUAGUAGCAGUCAAAUGCAGGAUUUGAAGAAGAAUAAUAACCUUUGGAUUUAGAACUAUCUCAAGAAAAUGAAAUCAAAGAAAAAACUUCUUAGAAAAAUUAUUCUUAAGAAAGUCAAAUUUACUCUAGAAGAAACUAGAAUAAAUACGAAUAAUUAUUUUAAGAAGAUUCUUAACUAAUUAAGUCAAAGCCAUUUGAUAUAUUUAUGAAUAGCUCUUUUAUUUCAAAGAUCUUUACGAUUGAUAUGCUAAAAGUCCUUUUAAGAGCCUCAUAAGAUUCGAAAAUUUACAAGAUGUUGAGCACCUUUAAUCUUCCCUACCUUCAACCAAAAUAGUCCAUAGAGUAUAAUUACCAAAUAUUUAAGGCAAAUCUUGAUGCAAAAAUUUAAGAAGCAGAUAGAAAAAAAAGGAAUUUAGUCUCUCAAGACAUCUUAAAUGUUUUUUUAAAGACAUUUAGAAAUGAAAUUGCAGCCACUGUUUUUUUGAACUCAGUAGGAUAUCUUUGUCUAUUUACAGCUUCGAUUUUAAUCAACACAUUAAUAUCAUAUAUUCAAGAAAAUGGAGUUAAUUUGAAAGCAUAUGGAAUUGCUUUCAUAUUUAACGUUAUUAGCAUUUCAUAAGUUUUGUUUGCACAUAACGUUAUAAGACUGAAUGUACUUAUCUAAACUCGUUUUAGAAAUGUUUUCAUGAAAGUUAUUUAUUCAAAAAUUUCUUCUCUUUCUGCUUUCUCUGUCAAAGAAGCAAAUGUAGGAAAGCUCAUUAACUUGAUUUCAAAUGACUUAACAACUUUGGAGUAGAGAUGUAAUAUAAUGUUUGCAGUACUUUCUAUUCCUCUUCCUUUAGUAGCUUCUACAAUAUACCUCUAUAGAAAAUAUGGCGUAAUUGGUUUGAUAGGAAUAGUUGUCAUGUUAGGUUUAUGUCCAAUUUAAUUAUUUUUCUCAAAAUUACAAGCAAAAUUUUUUUCAGAAAAAACAAAAUAUACUGAUUAAAGAGUCAAUCUCACAAAAGAAGUCAUAGAAGGUAUAAGGUUAAUAAAAAUGUAUGCAUGGGAAGAAGCUUUUGUUCAUAGUAUUCAAACAAUACGCAAAUUAGAACUAAAAUUGAUUCUCAUUAAUAUUUUAAUCACAAUUUUUGACUUUGCAGUAUCUACAGCUUUCUCUGUUUUUAGCACAUUUUUAUUAUUAUAUUUUAUGUACUAUUAUGGAGAUUCUUCUGCUAUUGAUUCUGCUCUACUUUUUUCAACUCUGAAUCUGCUUAAUUUUAUCAAAAAUUAUGUUGUUUAAGUGAUUGGAUAUGGUACUUCUGGUAUUAUGUAAUUAAAAGUCAUCCUAAAUAGAAUGAUUAGUGUCAUUACUUUGUAGGAAUCAUCUAUGACAAAUAUUGAUGAAUAAAAAGGAUAAUUUUGCCAAAAUUCUAUUUUAAAUUUAUUACAAAAUGGAAGCAUUUAAAUGAUAAAUUUUACUGCUUUUUGGAAAUAAAACAUACCUGUGUUGUAGGAUAUAAAUGUACAAAUAAAUAAUGGGGAGUUUGUUUGUAUAGUUGGUAAGGUAGGAUCAGGCAAGACUUCAUUUUUAAAUUGUAUUCUCUAAGAGGUACCUUACUAUAAAGGAUAAAUAUAAUGUAAAGGAUAAUUAGCUUAUGUUGAAUAAGAGCCUUACAUAUUUAGCAGUACUGUUAAAGAAAACAUUCUUUUUGGAAGAGAAUAUGAUGAUGAUCUCUACAAAAAAAUUAUCAGAGCAUGCUGUCUGGAAUAAGAUCUGAAAAUAUUCUAAAAAGGCGAUUAAACUGUAAUUGGAGAACGAGGAAUGGAUAUUAGUGGUGGACAGAAAGCUCGUAUAUCAUUAGCAAGAGCUAUUUACUCUUAAGCCGAUAUCUAUUUAUUUGAUGAUCCAAUUUCAGCAGUAGAUUCAAAGGUUGCUAAAGCAAUAUUUUUUGAUGCAAUAAGCACUCUAUGCAGAAAUUCAACAGUUAUACUUGUUACUCAUUAAGUUCACUAUGCUAGAUUUGCUGAUAAAAUUAUAAUUUUAGAAGGAGGAAAAGUGUGUUAGUAAGGUAAGUAUGAAGAAUUAGAGUAAACACUUAAAAAUUUAUCCAACGAACUAAAUCACGAAGGACUCUGCCAUCAAAUGAAUUUAAAUUAAGAAAACACAAUUCAAGUAAGGACAAAUCCCUAUUUAGUUCAAUUUAGUAAAGAGAAAAGUGAAAAUUAUGAUAAAGAAGAAGGAAAUUAAAAUAUAAAUAUUGAUGAAAAUUAAACAUAAAGUGAAGAGGAAAAUAUAGUUGUUGAUCUGAAAACAUAUUAUAAUUUCUUUAAGGAAUCAGGGGUAUUAAUAUUCAUUCCUAUAGUCUUAGCUCUUUAUGCUGUUAGCGAUUUAACUUAUGUUCUCUUCAACUAGAGAAUAGGAGACUUAUAAUCUACUUAUGAAAAAUCAGGUAUAAUUAAAUCAAUCGGUUAUCUGGUACUACUUUAUGCUUUGGCAUAGCUCAUAAAACACUUAUCAUUAACUAUAGCAAUAAAUAGAGCUUGCAAGAAACUAUUACAUACAAUGAUCUGUGCUUUGGUUAGAUCAAAAGUGAUAUUUUUUGAUACUACUUAAUCUGGUAAUAUUCUUAAUAGAUUUUCUACUGAUAUAGGUUAUUUAGAUGAACACUUGACUAAAAUACUAAUUGAUGUUAUUGAGAUAUUUAUUGGAAUUAUAGUAAUGUUCAUAACUAUUAUGACUAUUUCUCCUAAUUUUAUAAUUGUUGCCCUUUUCGAAUUAACAUUUUUAGUAUUUUUCCUCAAAUACUGUAAAGAAGGUCUCCUCAAAACUAAAUAAAUUGAUCUUACCUUAAGAUCACCCCUUCUUACUUUCUUCAAUCUAAGUAUUCAAGGUGUUUUACCUAUAAAAGUAUAUCAAUAGUAGAGUCAUUUUGAAGAUAAAUUUAAUCAGCUAGCAACUGAUUCUCUCAGAGCUUCUUUGUAUUACUGGAUUUGCUAGAGAGGAUUUGGAAGCUUCAUAAAUCUAUUUGCAGUCUUUUGUAAUUCGUUAGGAAUUUUUAUAGUGCUAUCUACUACUAGCUCUGUUUCUGAUAUUGGAUAGUGCAUUCUUUACUUUACAACAAGUACAGAAUUUUUACAAUGGGGUAUUAGAUAAUUGGUAAACUUAGAUGUAUCAAUGACUAACACUUAAAGAUGUUUGAAUAUUUCUAAAUUAGAACCUGAAGCUGAAUUAAAUACAAGUUAUGAUGAUAGCUUAAUUAAAACUAGUAAGCAUUAAAAAUUUCCUACAAGAGGGGAACUUGUUUUUCAAAAUGUUAGAAUGAAAUAUAGAAAAGAACUUGAUUUUGUUCUUAAGGGUUUAACAUUCAAAAUAUAGCCUGGGAAAAGGGUAGGAUUUGUAGGUAGAACUGGAGCAGGUAAAUCUUCUGUUAUAUAGGCACUAUUUAGAAUGACCGAAUUGGAAUAUGAAAAUUAAUUAAGCAAUUAUUUAAAUUGUGAUAUUUAAAUAGAUGGUCAUAGCAUAAAAAAGUUAGGUUUACAUACCUUAAGAUCAGGUAUAAGUAUUAUACCUUAAAAUCCUUUUAUAUUUUCUGGGACCAUAAGAAGAAAUCUUGAUCCUCUCAAUUAAUACACAGAUGAUGAGAUCUACAAAGUUCUUGAGGAUGUUGAUUUACUAAAAAAAGUCAAUUCUUUAGAAAAAAAUAUUCAUGAAGAUAUGAGUAAUGCAAACGAUGUGUUUAGCACAGGACAGAAAUAAUUAAUUUGCUUAGGUAGAGCAAUACUGAAGUAGAGCUAGCUGAUUGUCCUUGAUGAAGCUACAGCAAAUGUAGAUAUGUAGACUGAUGAACUGAUAUAACAAAAAAUAAGAUAAAGAUUUUCAAACUCUACUUUAAUCACUAUAGCUCACAGAUUAAACACAAUAGCUGAUUAUGACUAAGUUAUAGUUAUGGAUUAAGGAUAAGUAAUUGAGUAAGGAACUCCUUAUGAAUUACUUUAAAAUGAAUAAGGACACUUCUAUUUAAUGGUAUAGCAUACUGGAACUAAGAAUUUUGAGUUAAUUAAAAAUAUAGCAAGUCAAUAAAUUUCUAAAAUAUAAAAAUGA